UUAUUCAGUAUUCAGUGUCGUUUUAUACUCCGUCCACUUCGCACGCAUUUACCAAAUAAUGUACGCAAACAAAUAAAUUUAUGGAAAUUGAUCAUAAAUAAAACUAAUGUUUUGAUGGUGUCCGCGACUUCCUAGUUAUCUUCGGUUUAAUAACCUUGCGUCAGAGGGUUUUUAUUCUACGAAACAUUAACAAUUUUAAUUUUCCUUGUUCACAAACAAGUGUCACGAUGAGAUUACUUCUAGUGAUAUUUUUAGUUCCGUGUGUAUUAUGCGGUACAAAUUUUACAAUUACUCAGGAUCUGUUAGAGGAAGUAUUCGGGAAGCCUCAAAGUCUCUUUGCACCAGCAGCAGCUCCGCCUUCGUCAGUAUUGCUGCAAGACAGUGGUAACUCAACUAUUGAUCUCGGCGAUCUUGAUUCUAUCGAUAUUUAUACACCUUCUAUUGCCGAUUAUGAUAGAUUUGACUGGACACUCACUAAGCGUGUAGCUGUGACAUCCAAUGAGAACUUUUUGAUCUCACCCCUCGGUCUCAAACUUGCGCUAGCCAUAUUGACGGAGGCUGCAUCUGGUCCCACUCAGGCUGAAAUUGCGUCAGUGCUUGGUUUAGAUCUGGAUUAUAAAACAGUGAGACAAAAGUUUGCCGCAAUUCUCGACUCUUUGCAGACCAAGUCUUCCCAGUACAUCCUAGAUUUAGGGAGCAGAAUAUAUGUAGGUGCAUCUGUACAGCCCAGGCAAAGGUUUUCAGCUAUUGCCCAACAGUUCUAUAAGACUGAAAUAACUUCAUUAGACUUCAGCCAACCGAUAUUAGCUGCGCAUAAGAUAAACGAAUGGGUGAACACUACCACACAAGGAAGAAUUCCCAAUUUGGUUACUGCAGAUGACGUACAAGGCGUGGUAGCCCUCGUUUUGAACACGUUAUUUUUCAAGGGUACCUGGUGGCACCAAUUCACCCCCAAUGAGACACAUUUGGAUAAUUUCUAUGUGAACGCAGUAGCUAAGAAACCCGUUGAGUUCAUGCAUGUCAAAAAUAAGUUCUAUUAUACAGAUUCUGUGAAGUACAAUGCGAAGAUUUUGAGAAUGCCUUAUCUGGGUCACAAAUUCGCCAUGUACGUGAUAGUACCCAACUCAUUGACAGGGCUGCCAAUAAUAUUCAACGAUAUCAGUGGACUGAGGGCGGAACUCUCUCAUCUGAAAGAGCAUCUAGUUGAUGUCAGUUUGCCCAAGUUCCAUUUUGAGUACACGUCAGUAUUGGAUGGAGUACUUAAAGAGCUUGGAAUCAGACAGGCAUUCGAAGACACAGCAUCUUUCCCAGGAAUAGCAAGAGGGCAGACUCUUAAACAGAGAAUGAAAAUAUCUAAGGUCCUACAACGGUCUGGUAUUGAAGUCAACGAGUUAGGAAGUGUGGCUUAUUCAGCUACCGAAAUAUCACUCGUGAAUAAAUUCGGCGAAGGGGACGAGCCGACAGCAGAAGUGUUUGCUAACAAGCCGUUUAUGUUCUUUAUCCAAGACGAGCCAACAACACAGCUGCUGUUCACUGGAAGAGUAUCAGAUCCCACUCUCGUUGAUGGCGCUUUAAAAACCUUAUUCCUCUUACAAAUUAGUAAAUUUGAUUGCCUAAAUGGAGGAUCGACAGAUUUCUCUCGUCUCAAUUUCUUCGAUAUCGAUCUUCUGCGGUAUACAGCAGAAGACAAGCCUGGCAAUGUCAUGGUAUCUCCGGCUAGUAUAAAGUCGGUGUUAGCGAUGGUGUUAGAAGGAGCACAGGGCAGCACGGAGGAUGAAAUAAGAAGUGCAUUAAGGCUAUCUUCACAUAAGGAUGAAUUCAGGGAACAUCUCAAUUCAUAUCUCUCUUUGUUACGAGUAAACAGUCCAGGUGUAAUGAUAAACAACGCGAACGCGGCAUUUGUAUCAAACAAGCUGAAACUAAGGAAGGAUUUUGAGGUUAUGCUACAAAAGGUGUACUUGGCCAGUGUUCGAUAUGUGGACUAUGGUUAUCCAUAUAAUGUAUCAGAAAUAAUCAAUCAUUGGGUGAAUGAAAACACAAAGGGGUUAAUCCCUGGAAUCGUAGAUCCUGCCAAUAUCAGUCCAAUGGCGGACAUGAUUCUCGCAAAUGCUAUUUACUUCAAGGGCACUUGGGCAAAUGCCUUCAACCCUCGGUACACUCGCAGCGGUUGUUUCCACCACCAAGGCAAAUGCAGGAAUGUGGCGAUGAUGGAACUCCAUUCUGAGCUGAAUUACGCUUACGUUGAUAAUUUGAGAGCACAUGCUGUAGAGCUGCCGUAUGAGGGUGGACAAUAUUCAAUGAUCCUGUUAGUACCUCUAGACCGUGAGGGAUGUGCGCAGUUAAUCCGUGACUUACCUUAUAUGAGCUUACCGCAGAUUAGUUUGCUUUUUGAACCAACAGAUAUCAGACUAAUAAUGCCAAAGUUUACAGUUGACUAUAAUGAAAAUAUGGUGGGACCAUUAAGGAAGAUGCGAAUCGAAUCUCUAUUUUCGAGAAAUGCAAAUCUCUCAGGAAUGUUCGAAGGUAUAUCCGCACAAGUAGAAAACAUCGUUCAUAAAGUGCACAUGUCAGUAGAUGAGAAAGGUACAGUAGCAGCGGCGUCAUCCGUUGCCAUGGUGAUACCGCUUAUAGGCGCUGAAGUUUUGUUACAAGUGGACAGACCUUUUGUAUUCUAUAUACGGGAUAAUAAGAAGGGCCUGGUGCUAUUUGAAGGCAAGAUCGACGAACCGAAUGUUGUUGAAGAUGCUGAGCUACAGAAGUAUUUGAAAAAUUCUGGAAUCAACCAUGGCAGAAGAUACUCUAAUCCCUUCUUUUAGAUAUUAUUCAGUUUAUAUUUAUACACUUUGAAGAUCAAAAAGGUUUUAAUAAAGGAGUUUACCUAG